AUGCAAUCCAUUUCUUUGAUGAAUUCCACCCUAUUAUUUCACCAAUUUUCAUCCACCAAAUCAAAGAAACCCAUUUUGUUUGUUCCAAUUAUGGCUUCCAAAAGAGAGAAUAAUUUUGGUGGCAAGUUAGUGGAUGAAAGUAUGAUAAUCUUAAGGAAAAGGAUCCAUGAGAUGAACAUGAUUGAGAAGAACUAUGAAGCACCAUCUAAUUGGAUGGAGUGGGAGAAAAGUUGCUAUUAUACAAAUUAUGAUGCAAUCAUAUGUGAAGCAAUGAAAGUUUUACAGACUCAGUUGAUGAAUACUAGGCCAAGUGUUGCUUUUGGGGCUAUGGCUUUUGUUGCUAUUAGUGUCCCAAUUUCUUCUUUUCUUGUUUUUAUUCAUCUUUUGGAAUUUGCUAAAUCUGUUUUAGGUGGGGUUCAUUUAGCAUAG